AUGGAGAUGAAUUCUCUGGGUGGCAGCAAGUAUCUACUGCUGAUCGUUGACGAAGCCAGUGGAUGCAUGAAGGGCUUCUGUCUACGUGUGAAGUCGGAGAGUGAAAACUACAUCACACGGUACAUCAAGAUGGUGCAAGCGCAGUUUGGCAAGAAGGUCAAGCUCGUCCGACACGACGGAGCCCGCGAGUUCACAACCAACUCGCUUCAAGAAUUCUACGAAAAUGAAGGCAUUGAGAAGCAGAAGACGGUGCCAUAUGCACACCAGACCAACUGCACGGUAGAGCGCGCCAUUCGGACUAUCGUCACAAUUGGUCGCAGCAUGCUCUACCAUGAUAAGUUGGAAAAGUGCUUCUGGGCCGAAGCAGCAAUGACGGCAAUCUACGUCAAGAACCGUCUGCCGUCGCCUAACGUUAUGCACAAGACUCCGUUCGAGAUCGUCCACAACUCCAAGCCAAGUGUCAAGCACAUGCGGGUGUUCGGUUGUCAGGUUUACAUACUGACACCGAAGGAGAAGCGGCUCAAGUGGGACCCCAAGGCUCGCACUGGGAUAUUCUUGGGCUACGAAGAAGCAUCUAAAGCGUACCGCUCCGCCUUUGGAUUUUCGCCGCCAACCACAGCUGAAGACGCCGAUGACAUUGACUUCGACUCCCUCGAUCUGGAUGAUGAAGCGCCAGGUCAAGCGCAGUACAAGCAAACAGGCAAGCGCAAGAGUCGUCAAGUGUGGACGAUGAAGAAACCGAUUCUGGCCAACCUUAAAGUGUUUGGAUGCCACGCGUAUGUUCAAGUGCCUCAAGACAAACGCGCGAAGUUCGACUCCAAGUCAUCACUCUGUCGUUUCCUGGGAUACGCCGAACACCAGAAGUCAUAUCGAUUUGAGGAAGUGUCAACAGGAGCGAUCAAGAUCAGUCGCGAUGCCACAUUCAUGGAAGACAAGUUUGAUGAAGGUCCGCGCAACUACAACGAUGAGUCAAGUGUCGUUGAGUUUGAUGAUCAUGAUGAGGACGAAGAAAAAGAAGAAGGUAAAACUGACGACGACAUGGACUCGAGCGACGAUGACAACGAAGACACCAGGUCUUCGAAGAGCAACAUCAAGAGACACACGCGCACUCAAUCACUUGAGAAAGCUACCGUCAUUCCAAGCCCCAAGCGAAGAACAUACAGAGGUCCGUCGCUUGAGCAUGUGUCAGCGGCUGCAAUGGAUUUUGAAGCAGCCUACAUCGUUGAUUCAGUGGGGAAACGCCGACUACAUUCAAGUCGGCGAUGGAAUCAAGUGACUCCGGCAAGUGGAAAGAAGCGUGUGACUCGGAGUUCGAUUCGCUUCAGAGAAACGACACGUGGGAAAUCGUGCCUCUUCCGAAAGGGCGCAAGGCCACCGGGGGCGGGGGGGUUUUUUUUUUAG